AUGCGGUUCGGAAGCCUGGCCUUUGCGCAGCGCCACGAGCGCUCGCCAGAUGAGCGUGACCUUGUCAGAAGACUGGACAUUUUUCUGAUGACUUUCGGUUGCAUCUCCCAAGUCAUCAAGUACCUCGACCAGCAAAACAUCAGCAAUGCCUACGUAUCAGGGAUGAAGGAAGACCUGGGGUUAAAUGGGAAUGAACUCAACUAUUUCCAAACAUAUUUCAAUGUUGCGUACUGCAUCAUGCUUAUACCAUCACAAAUCAUUCUGACCUACGUACGGCCAAGCUACUGGCUGCCAGGCCUCGAAAUCUGCUGGGGAAUAGUGACUGGAUUGAUCGCACUUACCAAAAAUGCAAAUCAAGUCUAUGUCUUGCGGGUGUUCCUAGGCCUUUGCGAGAGCUCCGCUUGGCCUGGAAUGAUGACUCUUUUUAUGCAUUGGUAUACUCCAUCUGAGCUUGCCAAAAGGAUGGGGUUCUACCACUCCUGUCAAGCUAUUGGUUCCAUGAUGUCUGGUGCACUCCAAGUGGCAAUAACCAACACCCUCCACGGUAGCCACGGCAUAGCUGGCUGGAGGUGGCUAUUCGUCGUGAAUGCGAUCAUGACUGUCGUCGUUGGCAUGCUUGGUUUUGUCAUGCUGCCUGAUCUUCCCAAUCGUGUCAACCCAAGAGCUUUCUGGUUCAAGAAAGGUCAUGCACAGUUGGCCAUGGAACGUCUAGAACGCCAUGGACGUGCCGAGCCCAAGAAAAUGACGUGGGCAGGAGCCAAGCGAACAUUCUCUAACUGGGUUGUUUACUUUGUCUCGGUCCUAUACAUAUCUACAGUCUUGGCUUCAUGGGGUUACGCUUACUUCAACUUGUUCUUGAAGAGUCUGAAGAAUCCGGAUGGGACAGCAAGAUGGACGACGUCUGAGGUCAACGCUAUUCCAAUCGCCGGAGGUGCGAUCAACGUGGUAUUUGUCUGGAUAUGGGCAAUUUUGUCCGACCUGCUAAGAACGAGAUGGGUUCUUAUCGUCACGCAAGCGGUUAUUGGCCUGGUACCUUGCAUUGCGCUGAGUGUCUGGACCUCGCAUCCCGAUACCACAUCGCUAGCCACGGCAUAUGCGAGCUACUUCAUCUCAUUCAUAUGCCUUGGAACGGCUCCCUUGAUAUUCGCUUGGCUUUCUGAUCUACUACCCCAAGACCCAGAGGCUCGUACUCUGAUUGUUGGAGUGGCUAUUGCCCUGUACUAUGGCGUCUCGGCGUGGUCUCAAGUGUUGGUAUGGCCUGCCGUUCAGGCCCCGUAUUAUAAAUACGGUUGGCAAUCCUCGAUAGCCCUCUGGGUGCUUGUCAUUUUGAUGACUUGUCUGUUGCGAUACAUCGAUGUGAAGUUUCUCAAACCUAAGCGAGAGGCGUUUCAUGCAACAAUCAUUGAAGGAACGAAGACCGGGGACGACCAACCAGAUGCUCAGCCUGCCCAGGGAGAGUCUUCAAAGGGCCCAAAAUCUGUUGCAGUGGUUCCAGAAACUUGA